AUAAGGAAUAUGGUGCUCCUUCUAUUAAACUAACAUUAGGAAGCACCUCAUAGGCUCGCAGCAGGUGAUUGCUUGGUGGGCUUCAGUCACCAAUAUAUGUCUACUGAUGAGAUAAUGGAUCAAAGUCAAAUCCUCCAGGUUGCUAGAGGAUACAUUUGCGGCAGAUGCCGACAACGAUUACACCCCAACACAACAAAUGUUGCCGAAAUCCAAUGCUCAGCAUGCGAAAGAAUUGCUUCUACCAGAACAAAUUAUAAAGGAAACAGCAGCUCCAAUAAUAAAGCAGAUGUAAGAUUUCGUAGCAUAGUUUCUCAGGUUGUCCAAAGUUUCAAGACUACGUUUUUAGGCAGCAGGCAUCAUCGUCCAGACAGUAAUUCAGAAAAACCCGAGUCAUUGAAUUGUAAUCCUUCCCCAUUGGAGUCAUCAUCGUCGACUUCUCGAUCUGAUCACAGACCUAGAAAACGUGCACUGCUUAUUGGAGUUACUUACAAGAACUGGAAGCACAAGCUUAAGGGAACUGUUAAUGAUGUCAGAAAUAUGAGAAGCUUUUUAAUCGAUAAUCUUCAUUUCCCUCCGCAGAACAUCCUCGUUCUUACAGAAGAUGAAACAAAACCAGAUCUAACUCCUACGAAGAAAAACAUUGAGAUAUCCUUAAACUGGCUCGUAGAGGAUUGCCGGGAUGGUGACUCACUGGUGUUUUAUUACUCCGGCCAUGGCUUGCGACAACCAGAUUUCGAUUCCGAUGAACGUGAUGGAUUUGAUGAAACUAUUUGUCCAGUUGAUUUCUUGAAAGAAGGAAUGAUUAUUGAUAAUUAUAUAAAUUCCACCAUUGUUCAGCCACUUCCUAAAGGAGUCACACUUCAUGCUAUUGUUGAUGCUUGUCACAGCGGAACUAUCCUCGAUCUUAUCCAUGUUUACAACAGAGAAAAAAGGAAAUGGGAAGAUAACAGCCCUCCAAAUGGUAAUAGAAAACAUACAGAUGGUGGAUUUGCAAUUUCUAUCACUGCUUGUGAAGAUAGUCAAUUGGCUGCCGAUACCUCCGCAUUCAAAGAAAAGGGAAUGAAUGGUGCUCUAACUUAUGUUCUAAUAGAAAUUGUGAAGAAAUAUCCAGGACCCACAUAUGGUGACCUACUUGACCUCAUACAUGAGACUAUUGAAGAUAUCAAUAAUAGUGGAUGCCAAUUUUCAAGAUUUCUGAGAUCAAAGUUCAACAACAUGCUAUUACAGAAGCCUCAACUUUCAGCUUCAGAAACAUUUGAUGUUUACAGUAAACAUUUUAUUUUGUAAUAUAAAAACUUCAGAUCAGCUUGACUUUAAUGGAGUAUAGUAUUGAUUGCCAGAGAAUGACAAUAGCAAGAAGAAAAUUAAAUUGAGCAAUAAUAAUGUCAUUGUGAUCUCUAUCUGCUUAUCUUAUCUUCCUAUACAUGAAAAAAAAUUUCUUUGAGAGCCUUGAUAAUGUGUUGCUUAACAGAAAUUAACUGCUGGAUAAUUAAUUAUGAUAAUUUAGUUCUGAUUUUUUC